AUGAUUACCAAAGCAUUCCAUUCUUUUGUUUAUUAACUUCAUUGAUAAAAAGUGGAUUCAGUUGUAAACUUUCAUUUUGUGAAAUUCUGUUAAAAAAUGUUGUCAUCACGGAGUUUAUCGCUAUCAGUAAUCACAAAACAAUUAUAUUUUAAUACCAUCAAGAAAGGGUUUAGCACAGGAGUCAGUGAUAGCGGCGCUACAAAACGAAUUUGUAUAGUCGGCGCCGGACCGGCAGGCUUUUAUGCUGCACAAUAUAUAUUGAAACAUCUUAGUGACUGUGCCGUGGAUUUAAUUGAAAAAUUACCAGUGCCAUUCGGCUUGGUUCGUUACGGCGUUGCGCCCGAUCAUCCUGAGGUGAAAAACGUAAUCAAUACUUUUAAUAAAACAGCAGAGCAUAAAGACUUCCAUUUUUACGGCAACAUAGCAUUAGGCAAAGAUAUAAGCUUAGAAGACUUGCGUAAGCGUUACCAUGCCGUUCUACUCACAUAUGGAGCUGAUCAAGAUCGACAGUUGAAUAUACCUAAUGAGGAUCGAACGAAUGUGCUGUCUGCACGUAAAUUUGUGGCGUGGUAUAAUGGUCUACCUGGCGCACAACAUCUGAAUCCCGACCUGAGCGGAAAUACUGUAGCUAUUUUAGGGCAAGGCAACGUAGCGGUGGAUGCGGCUCGUAUGCUGCUCAGCUCAUUGGAUGCAUUGAGGAAAACAGAUACUACUGAGUAUGCGCUGGAAGCGCUUUCGCGAAGCAAAGUACAGCAGGUUUAUUUGGUUGGACGACGUGGCCCACUGCAAGCCGCUUUUACCAUAAAAGAAUUGCGCGAGAUGCUGAAAUUACCAAAUGUGCAAACCUUAUGGAAACCGGAUGAUUUUACAGAUGUACCGGAACAAUUACUUAAUCUGCCACGCCCACGUAAACGUCUAACUGAAUUGAUGUUGAAAAGCUUGUCGGAACAGGCUGGUAGCAGUAGUGCUAAAAAUAAACGUUUCUUACCAAUAUUCUUGCGKGCGCCAAAAGCAAUUGGCGAAAAUGAAGUUGAAUUGACUGUUACGAAGCUGCAAAAUGACAUGGCCGUUCCAACUGAUCAAACCGAACAUCUGCAAACUGAUUUGGUGCUACGAAGCAUAGGCUACAAAUCUACUUGCGUCGAUGGUGGCAUAUGUUUCGAUGAGCACAGUGGACGUGURCACAAUGAGAAUGGACGCGUUUUGUGUGAUGCUGUUAGUAAAAUGGUAGAUCCCGGCAUAUAUGUAGCAGGCUGGUUAGGUACGGGCCCCACAGGUGUUAUUCUCACAACUAUGAAUGGAGCCUUUACCGUUGCGAAAACAAUAUGUGAUGACAUUUUGUCGAAUAAGUUGGAUACUAGCACGGCCAAAGCGGGUUUGGACACGAAGCAAUUGCAACGUGUUGUAACAUGGACACAUUGGCAACGCAUCGAUGAAGCUGAAACUCAAGCUGGUAAAGUGUUGGGGAAACCACGCGAGAAGUUAGUGGAUGUGGAAGAAAUGCUUAAGGUGGCAGGGCUGUAAAUUCUAGAAAAUAUCUUAGAAUAUAAGUAAAAAGUAUGAAAACAAUUUAUAUUUUUCUAUUUCACGACAUUUAUCUAUUUAUAAUUGUUAAAA